UAUGCAAAAUUAUGGUUUCCAUUUGAUAACACAAGUAAUGUUGUUGAGUAUGAAAGUAAAAGGUCAAAGUUCACAGGUCAUUAAAUAUGCAAAAAUUGCUAAUUAUGAGCGGGUGUAAUGAAAGUGCAUUUUACUUGCAGAAUGGAGAAGUGUCGGAGUUAGAACAUCACGCACAAGAUCUACCAGUGCAUAGCAUCCUAGAAGAAGAAUCUGCUACCACAGCCAGUACUGAAAUGUCAAAUGGUAGAGAAGAGGAUGUUCCUCAUGCUGAACCAAAUGAUAACUCAGAUGAUGACCCUACCUACUCUGCUCAUGUAUCUGACAGCAGUGACUCCAGUAGUACCAGUAGUGACCGUCUUGAGGGUUUCAGACGUCCAAAGAAGUUUAAGAAGAGUGUAAAGACUUCCUCUUUGCCUAGAAAAAGAGAUGUUCUUCAUGCUGAACUGAGUGACUCUGAUGAUGACCCAACCUACUAUGCUCAUGAAUCCGACAGCAGUGACUCCAGUAGUACCAGUAGUGACCGUCUUGAGGGUUUCAGACGUCCAAAGAAGUUUAAGAAGAGUGUAAAGACUUCCUCUUUGCCUAGAAAAAGAGCUAUUCCAUCUGACAGCCGUGCACCAGUAAAAAUGAAAGCAGAGCAAGAUGACACCAUUUCUUCUUCAUCAAUUACAGUGCUGUGUGCAAACAACCGGGAAAAAAGAAAGUGGGACAAGAGGCAGGUCUGUGUCUACUGUGAAAAGUUUGUCUCUAAGCUACCAAGACAUUUGGAAUCUCAUCAUCAAAACGAGGCUCCUGUUCAAGAAUUUCUCUCCCAUCCAAAGAAAACCACACCAAGAGCUCAACUGCUAAAGAUUCUUCAGAAUGAAGGUAAUCACAAGCAUAAUAUUUCUGUCUUGGAGGUUCAGAGUGGAAGUCUCAUACCAGUGAAGAGACCAAGUGGAUAUGUGGAUUACAGGGAUUAUCUCCCAUGUGAUGAAUGCCUUGGUUGGUUUGUGUCAAGUGACAUGUGGAAGCACAAAAAAACAUGUUUUGUAGCUCAAAAAAGUGGUAGAAAGCAUGGCAAGACUCUACAGUCACGAUGUGCGUUGAUGUUGCCAAUGUCCAAGAGUGCAACAGCAGACUUGCGAGAGACGGUCUUAAGCCGUAUGAGGUAUCCCUGCCCGAUUUCUAUGGCAGCCAGGAACGAUGAUUUGAUAUGCAAGAUGGGUUCUCGUGUUCUGAAACAAACAAAGGCGAGCAGCUCUACCUGCUACCAGACGGUAAGCCAGAAGAUGCGUGAGAUGGCCAGAUUAUUGAGAAGACUCAGAGAAGAUAACUCUGUACUGACCAUGAAAGACUGCAUUGACCCAAAAAUGUUUGACAAUGUUAUUGAUGCAGUGAGGCAGGAGGCAGGAUUCAAUGCAAAAACAGGAAAAUAUGCAACACCUUCCCUAGCUUUGAAGUUGGGACAUAGUUUGAGCAUGUGUGCCACAAUUUGUCGGGCAGAAGCCAUCAAGCAGGAGGACAGAAUCACAAAAUUGAAGGCAGAAGAUUUUGAAGAUCUGUGCAAGAGCGAGUGGAGAGUAGAAGUGUCUAAAGGUGCACUACAAGGUCUUGAGGAGAAACGAUGGAAUGCUCCGCCCGCGAUUCCAAUGACAAGUGAAGUUACCAAGGUUCGCCAAUGUGUUUUCAAAGCUAUCGAAGAGAACAAGGCCAUUUUGCAAGAAGCACAAUAUCCUUCUGGCAACACGUAUGCUUCUCUUGCACAGGCAAUACUUGCAGACAUAGUGAUGUUCAACAGGAGGAGAAGUGGAGAAGUGCAGCGGUUAAAACUUGAUGACAUUUCAAAAGCCAAGUUUGGAGACAAUAAUCCAGAAAUCAUGUGUUGCCUAUCACAAUGGGAACAGCAGUUAUGUAAAGAACUUACACGACUCGAAAUACGUGGAAAGAGAGGAAGGAAAGUCCCAGUCCUUCUGACGAAGGAGAUGUCCGCAAACAUCAAGUUCCUGUCAGAAAAAAGAGCAUUUGCUGGUGUCAAAGACAGCAAUCCUUAUCUCUUUGGUAUUCCAGGUUGUGAUACAUCUUACAGAGGUUCUGAUUGCAUCCGUAAAUUUGCUCAAGCAUCAGGAGUUGAACAUCCAGAGUACAUCACCAGCACAAAAUUAAGAAAGCAUGUUGCCACCAUGUCUCAACUAAUCUCUCUGAAGGAAAAUGAGCUUGAUGUCCUUGCAACGUUCAUGGGGCAUGACAUCAGAACUCAUAGACACUACUACCGUCUUCCUGAGGACACACUUCAGACAGCAAAAGUGGCCAAACUCCUGAUUCUCGCUGACAGAGAAAGAUUGACCUCUUGUGCAGGGAAGAGCUUGGAUGCAAUAGACUUAGAAGAGCCUUGCUAUGAGACAGAUGAUCAGGGUAUUGAUGAUUGUGAUGAUAUUCAAGACGAUGGUGAUUGUGGUGAGACUUGUCAGCCCACAGAUAGAGAGUCUACAGAUAGAGAGUCUCCAGAUAGAGAGUCUACAGAUAGAGAGUCCACAUCUCAACUGCAACCGAUGAAGAAAGUUAUGAAUCUAUUUUCUAUAGGAACUCACAAGAUGGAGAAGUUGACAUGGCUUGAGGAAGAAGGAAAAGCAGUGGACAAUUUUUUCGCCUCACAUGUAUCAAAUUGUCAAGUUCCACGGAAGCAUGAAUGCUUAGAAUGUAAAGGCCAAUAUCCAAUCUUGGAGAGAAUUGAAUGGCAAAAAAUAAAAUUUAGAGUUCACAACAAAAUCAAUCAGAUGAAAAAAUCAAGAUCUCUCUUAGUGCAGCACAAGAAGUAAGUAAGUGCAAAAUUGAAGGCAGGGUUUUUUCAGCAUUUUGAAUGCUUGUUAUUAUGCAAGUUUUAGAAUGACAUGUUUUUUAAUAGAGUUCUUUGGUAACAGUGAUAUUUAACAGAAAUUAUUGUCCCAUUGUUUUGACUAUAGAAUGGGGCUAGGCUUCCAGUGCCUUAUUUGGUAGCUUAUUGCAUUGUAGCAUAUUGCAUUGUAGCAUAAGCUUGGCAUAAUUGUUAUUGCAGAAUUCAAACAAAAACAAACCAAAAUAAAAAGACGAAGAGAAAGAAUUAACGCAUACAAUUUUACAUUCUGAUGUAACUUUGAAAUAAUAGUGGUUGUUGAAGUUACUUGUAUAAGUUGUAUGUACAUGUUUCUCUUCUCAUAAUUAUGCUUACCAGAAAUGUAACAUGUAUUGAAUGGUUUGUACAUUACAGAUUAAACCAUGUUUGCACAUUGCAUUUUAAUAUACUCAUGAGUCAUACCAUACCUAUAUGAUUAUUUCAUUAAAGGAGAAAGAAACCCAAACUAUAAUAGCCAAUUUUGUUCAACGUUUGCCCAUGCCUUGCAAGACCUCCUUCCGUGUGGUUGCCAUUUUGAUGAAAAUAGUGACGUCCCAUUCGACUACAUAUCCAUUGAUCUCUGUAUAGUUGAUAAGGUGUUGCAUAUAAUUGACCAUUGUACUUCAAACCCACCAUUUCAAAGUAAUGGCCAUCUUGUGACCCCAGCAUGUCACACAUGAGAAAAAGAAAUCCAGUAGUUAUGGAGAGAGUGUCCUACUGUAGUUAGUAUAAAGAUCAAUGGAGGUACAACUAUGACAUCACCAGUUCAUUAAAAUGGCAACAUCCUUGGAAUCAAAUCAUGUCAGGCAAAGGCAAACUACAGAGAGAUUGUUCUCCUUACUAGAUGAUCAAAUGGGUGUUUUUUCAAGAUUGAUUCUUGGAGCAAGCUCACAUUUUUGUAUUAGAAUAUCAGCUCAUGCAGUGGAUGUUUCAUUUUCCUUUAAC